AACAUGAAUUUUGAAAUGGGACCAAACUUGACCUACGAAAGAAACCUGAAACAGCGGCAGCAGCCAUUGAUACUCUUAGGGUUCUUCCGUCGGCUUCAAUUUUCCAGGCAAUUCAUGAAAAAACCCACUUGAUUUCACAUCUCCAUUUCCGAAUUUUUCGCCAAGAUGAUUUCACAUUUCGUACGCAAAAAUCUCGCCUGUUUUAUCCCGAAGCAAAUUUUCAACUGUGCCCAAAUCCAAUGUUUCUUCUCCUCUUCUUCUUCUUCGCCGGAAGAACAACCCGCCACCAGCCCUACAGUCUUCGAUUUCUUGCUUCACAAUCACAAUUUCUCACCCGAAGCAGCCGAACGAAUCGCCUCGAUUUACCCUCGUCUAAUAAACCCCGAAAAGGCAGAUUCAGUACUCUCAUUCCUCAAAGAAACCGGCUUUUCCCACACCCAGUUGGAGAAAAUCAUCAGGCACAGGCCUAGGUUUCUGUCGGCUAAGGCUGACGUCAGCAUCAAACCCAAAAUCAAGAUUUUCCAGGAUUUGGGUUUUUCGUCCGCCGACAUUUGCUCGAUUAUCUCGAACGAUCCCGCGAUUCUGCAUAUGAGCGUCGGCAAUAACAUCAAACCCUCACUCUCUGUUCUAAAGGACUUAUUAGGAUCCAAUUAUAAUGUGGCCCGGAUUUUGAAAUUAUCCGCGUGGUUCGUGACGUCGAAUUUAGAAACGACAAUGGUGCCGAAUUUCGAGUUCUUGAAGAGCGUAGGCAUACCUAGGGAUCGUAUAUUGCUCCUCCUUCAUAACUACCCGAGGACUUUCUUGCUCAAGCCGGAAACUAUAAGGAGAUCCGUGGACAAGGCGGAAGAAAUGGGGGUCGAUCGGAGUUCGAAAGUAUUCAUUUACGCCGUUCGGGCGCUUUCCUCGAUGAGCAACGAUGCGUGGGAAGUCAAGCUGCAAGGUUUUAGGGAUAUCGGGUUUUCGGAAAGUGACAUAUUGGAAAUAUUUAUGAAGGCACCGAGUUCUUUCGUUUCAUCCAUGGUCAAGAUCAAGAAGAUAACGGAGGUUAUACUUGGUACCGGGAAGUACACUCUGUCGUGUAUUGUUAAACAUCCGGUUUGCUUUUCGUGCAGUGUCGAGAAGAGGUAUAAGCCGAGGUUUCGGAUUUUGGGAAUUCUCGAGAGUAGAAAUCUGAUUGAGAAUUGGCCCAGUCUCGGAGAAGUUUACAUACUAACGGAUGAUAAGUUUUUCGAGAAAUUCGUUCGGCCGUAUUCUGAUGUAGUUGGCGAUGAUGAUGCGUACGUCAAGACGAGUUUGGUCAGGGGCAAAAGGGGGAUUAAGUACUAAUAAUCCUUUGUUAGUGUUAACUGAACGGAAGUAGGUACGUUGUUUAAUGCAAUGUGCAAGCAUUUAAAAAAAAACGAUUAUUGAUCGAUCAUGUAGUUUCAAAACAAUAGAUUAUACUUUAAUUUGUUGAACAGUUUAAUUCUAAUCAAUCUUGUUAAUCCCCGUCAAUAUUCCCGAUUAAGUCCUCGUUACAUUUAUGAUGAUUAUGAUGCUUUCAUGUA